GGUUUUAGAUUUCUGGGUCGUUUAGGCCGGAAUUAGUCUAAUUUUCGGAAAUUAGACUAUUUUCUACUCUUUUUCUUUGAUUUAAUUCAGUUAUUUGUUGUUUGUUUUGUUUGCUUUGUUUUGUUCUCUCCCUUUAUGAGAGUUUGUUCUAAUUUUGUACACUUAACUUGUAAGAGGGAUUUUGAUUCCAUCUAUGGAUGAUAAUUUUAUUUUUAAGGUUCUAAUAAUAAUUGAGAAGGUGAUUUGGAUUCAUAUGAGUUUAGGAUUUUCCAUCAACUCUACGAUCAAAACAUCAGCGUAGAUGCGAAGGCUACUUGGAAAGAUGCGAAUACAUAAAAAAUUAUUGCUCACAUCAAAUUGAAGCGGUAGAGUAUGAGCUAUGGUAGAUAUGUAAAAUAGUUAUGAUUUUGAUUGUAAAAGGUAUAUUAUUUUAAAGUUUUUUCAAAACAAAUUCCUAAAUAUUGAUAUCUAGUGGUGGACGCUUAUAGCCAAUACGUGAUUUAAUCAUGGACGGAUUAGAUGACAACUAUUGACAAAGGCAUUGUGUUGCCUUGUUGGGGGUUAGGAUUCUAGAACAAGGGAGUUUAGGGUCGACUCUUUUUUUACUAAGCACUGUAUUUAUUAUUUAUAAAAUCCCUAUUCCCAAGCAACUUCGUCUUCUUCGUUACAACUCUCUUUCUCAUGCAACUCACUCACAAACCUUACUUCUCUUAACAAUGGCGGAUCCUAGACCUGCCCUUCGCUCCUCAAAACACGCCCUAAUUAUGGAAAAUUUGAGAAAUUCUGUUUUCAAUGUCGCUAAUUCUUACUCAAUUAAACCCUUUUCUCCCUCUCAAAUUGCUUUCAUUGAACAACAACUCCUUUUAGCUUUUCCUGUUUUCCGAACUCCUACUCAUCCUACUUAUACUGCGAUGAUAGAAACUGCGGUGAAGGAGUUGGAUGAAGAAUAUGGGUCGAAUGAGGAUUCGAUUUCGAAGUUUAUAAAGGAAAAUUAUGAUGGUUUACCAUGGGCACACAGUGUGUAUUUAAGCCAUCAUUUAAGUAGAAUGUGUGAAAAUGGUGAGAUUGUAUGCACUUCUGAUAAUCGGUAUACCACACCAGCGUUAAUCGAGGAGCGUAAUUUGAGGGGUGAACAGCUGAAGCAAAGGUUGGGGAGGAGGAUUAAAGAGUGUGCAAUUGAGGGGAAUUUAGGUGGACAAAAAGUGGUUGAAGUGAGUGGAGAUGUGGUAGGGUUUCAAGAGGAAGACAUUAUGGUGUUAGGGAGGAGCAGGGUGAAGCGGAGAAGGCGGAGUUGUGUGGUUUUUGAAGAAGAUGAUGAAGCUAGGGGAGGUGGAAUUGUUGGAGAAGAGCACAAUAUUUCUAGUUGUAGCCAAAACUUGGAGGUUGAUAAGUGUAAUGAGGCGGGGGGGCUAGAAGAUGAAGAUGAUAUAGCUUGGAGGACCCGGGUGAGCAGAAGGCUUAGUUCUGUGGUUGUUGAAGAAGAUGAUGAAGUUUGGGGAGCUGCGGUUGUUGGUGGAGGGCAGGAUAUUAUUAACAAUAGCAAUAACUUUGUGGUUGGGAGGCAUAAUGAAGAGAUGGUGCUAAAAGAUGUAGUUGAUUUGACUUGGGAAGCUAGUGAGACGUCUGAGGAAUGGGGUGGUAUUGAAACAGUUGAUGAGGAUCAUGAUCAGUUAGUUGUUGGCGGCUUGAAAAGUGAAUUACUGCCUACAGAAUGCCAAUUUGAAGUGAAAUGUCAAGCCCUUCCUUUAGACGAUGAUGAGUGUGAAAGAAAUGCUGAAACAAAAUUAUUGGUUCCAUCAUCUGUGGGAGUAUUGCAGGCGAAACAUGAAAGUGAAGUUACAACUGAAACAAUGUCCAUGGAUGAGGAUAAGAGUGCUGCUGAAUUGGUGCUUGAACCCGUUGAGUGUGUUGAGAAGUCAUCCGUAAAAGAUUUGGUCUUAAAGGAAAGUGAGCUUUUGAUUAGGGUUGAUGUUGAUGAGGUGGCUGUUAAAAAAUCAGCCUUAAAGGAGAGUGAGCUAAUGAUUGUUCCUUUUGAGGGCAAUACUCCACUAGCUGCUGUUAGUGCUGGAAUAAAUCCAACCUCAGUGAGAAUUGAUCCCGUGAUUGUAUGUUGUUUGCCAGUCGAGCAAGAGCAACCACAACGGAAACGUUCGGUGUAUCACACAAAAAAGAGGUUGAAAGCUUGCCAAAAAAAGAUGAAAGUCUCUUCGAAAUCCGUGCCAUCUUUGCCAGCUUUAACUGUGGAUCGUAAUCUGGUUGAUCGCAGCCAGCUACAAGAGCUUUCUUCUCAGAGAGGUUUUGAGACCAAGCCCUGUUCAACUCUGUUGGAGUCUCCAAAUUUCAAGGGAUUACCUGCUGGUCAAAGUCAACAAGCUUGUACAUCAUCUUUGAUUGAUGGUUUCAAAGAUCAGCUGGAUAGGCAGAAGUCUCUGGACCCUUGGCACCACCGUAUUAGCUGGGAAGAGCUUAUAUCUGCGGAUGACGAAGAAAACCUGCCCCUUCAACAGGUGUUGGAAAAGUGUGGUAAGCGAAGAAGGCAUGUAGCACAAAUGCUGACACAAAACACUCCUUUAAUGACGGAGGCAUCAUCAAAAUCAAAUUCAAAUCCACAUGUAAAUCUGCCUAAGAGAAAAGAAAAACAACCACAGCAACAGCGACUACAGAAGAAGCUGAAGCCACAGGAUCAGAAGUGUAGUAGUUUUGAGGCAGAUACUGUUGCUGCAACUGAAAGCAUGACAUCACCAUCACUUCACAUGGUGGAAUGGAGAAACAGACCGAGCUGUGUUGAUCAUGUAUCUCAGAUUGGAGUAUUGGAUAUUGUAGAAGAAAUUUCUGAUAUGUUGCCUCAUCACCAGCAUCUAGUACAAGGUAAGGAUCAGGGAAGCUCACUACAGUUCGAACUGACAGCAGAAACUUUUCCAUUGAAUGAUGGUCAUAUUUGGAAAGAUAACCAACAGACUAGGGGUGACCAUACUCUUCUUUGUGAACCAGAAAAUUCAGCCAAAGUAAACACAGUAGAGUUAUCCCCGACCCAGCAUCUGAAUGGGCAGAAAGAUGAACUGUAUAUAGGUGACAUGGUAACCACUGCUGUAAUAGAAGAUAUAGUGUCAACACUGGAUCAGAAUUACCAGCAGCUCAUCGACCAACAGGAGCCUACAGAGGAAACUACCACAUCCUUUCUUUUGCAGCGUCAGUGUCUUUGGGAACAGGAAGUGCCAUCUAAACCAGCAUCCAAUUUGAUUGUUGAAGAGACACCCUCCAAACUUUGCCAGGUUAAUAAGAUCAGCAACCGUGAACUGGCAACUGAUCAGCAAAAUGUUUGUCCAGAGGUCGAGCCAUCUGAAUUUAUUGCUACAGAACAUGUUGUGUCAGAUAUUCUGCAAAGCGUGCAAGAAAAAGAAAAACACCGGAAGCAGGUAGAACCAUCCUUGCAGAAUCCCAAGCAUCAAAUAGAACACCAAGAAGUAAAAAGUCAAAUUGAUGGUAGACUUCAACCUCGAGAAGCAACUAUGUGUACAUUAGAAGAGGAAAAUGUUCCUACAAGGCCCCAGAAACAAGUAGAAGAAAGCAAAGAUGUCGUGCCUUCAUUAGAUGGGCAGCUUCAGCUGCAAAAAGGGCUUUCUAAACCUGCAACUCAAUGGAAUCAAAAGCAGCAAAACAAACAGAAGAGAGGCCGGGGAAGGCCUCGGAAAGAAGAAAGUGCAACCAAGGUAAAGGCUGAUUUGCUGACUUUGCAACCUCAGGUAAAGAAACGAGGAAGGCCUCGGAAACAAAAAGAGGAAACCGAGGGAAGUGCAGUAGUUUCAAUGAAUGUGCAUCUUCAGCAAGAAAGAUUGUCUGAGCUGGAAAUUGAUCAGAAUCCCCAACUGCAAACAAUGCAGCCUAAUAAUGAUGGUCCAGAAAGGCCACUGAAGCUAGUAGAAGCAAGCAAGGAAGAUGAUCUAGGCUCUUCAAACUUGCAUUUCCAGCCGCAAGAUGAGUCAUCUGAAUUUGCUCUUAUUUCCAACACUCUGCAUAAAGUCAUACUGCUAGAAACGGAUGGCCAGAAACAGCCGUGUAUACAAACAGAUGGAGUCAAAGAAGACGCAGUAGUUUCUUCAAAUUUGCAUUUGCAUCUCCAAGAAGGGUCAUGUGAACCUUCAGCUGGUCAUUAUUCUCAGCAACAUACCAAAGAGAUGAAAGAAGAAAACCUAGAGAGGCCAUGGAAACAACUAGAAGCAGCCAACGAACAUGCAGUGGCUUCUUUAAAUUUGCAUGCUCAUCGACAAGAAGGGUCAUCUGAACCAGAAAGUGGUCAAAAUUCUCAGCCACAAUUCAAACAGCCAGAAAAAGAUUGCCAAGGAAGGUCACCGAAACAGAUAGAAGCUGCCAAGGAAGAUACUGCAGCUUCAUCGAUAUUGCAUCCUCAGAAACUAGCCGGGUUUUCUGAACCAGCAACUCUCAGCAUAUCACAGCAACACAUCAGUGAGAAAUUGCAAAGUGAAGUUCACAGGACAUCUGAAACUGGACAAACAACACCACCCUCAGACGAUGAAACUUGUCAACAGCUGAAGAAGCACAAAUUGCACAUUGGAGGUCAGCGUCCUAAAACAAGAGCAAUGACUGCCUCCUCUGACAAUCAGCCUGAUCAGCAGCAAAAAGAGUUGCUCUGUCAUGAACAAGAAGGAAGUCAAGGAGAAUUUGAAGGUCAAUGUCCUAAGACAGGAGCAAUGACAACCUCUUCCAACAAUCAGCCCGAUCAGCAGCAAAUUGUGCAGCGCCGUCAUGACCAUGACAGAAGUUGUGGAAAAUUUGAAGGAGUUCAGGGUCCUAAAACAAGAGCAAUGACAACCUCAGAUAAUCAAUCUGAUCAGCAGCAAAAUGAGUGGCACUAUCACAAACAUGAGGGGAAUCUAGGGAAAUUUGAAGUUCAGCGUCCUAAAACGAGAGCAAAGACAACCUCCUCUGACAACCAGCCUGACCAGCAGCUAAAUGAGCGCAAUUGUCAAAAGGCAGCAAAGAUUGCUGUAGUUCCGUUGGCCUCGAUAGACCAGCUGCGCUCGAGAAUAAAGCGUCAAUCUCUGGAUAGCACUUGAACUAGUCUCGUCCGCUAUGCAGCCAGGAUGACAGAAUGAAAAUAAAAAAGAGCAAAGUGUGGAAAUCAAGAUAAUGGUGGAUUCAGCUGUAAUAUAUUCUAAAAUAUUUACUGCAGGCCGGACUAUCCUCUGGGUAUUGUCUGUUUUGUUGUGUGUAUGUAGGCUUUCUAAGCCACGUAGUAUUUAGUAGAUACAUCAUAAUUCAUUGUCUGUUAGAUUGUUGUUACGUUAGCAACUUCUAACCUUGUACGAUUACAUGUACAGUAUGGCUAAUUUUCUUUAGGAUAGAUCAGGAGUGACCGUUGAGCUUGUUUCUGCCAGAAAUCUUCCACCGGUGUUUGGUUAAGUUGAAUGUUUGGUCCUUCAAUUUCAUUGUGUUUACAAGUUUUGUAUGGGGAAGAAGAUUGCGUGCUUUGCCUUUUCUACGUUUGAGAAACCAAAUUACUUGCACAUGAUAUGGUAGAGCCUCAAACCUUCCAAGAAUUUUCUAUUCAGCAACUUAUGCCUCGCUUUCAAAAUAACCCCUACAAGCCAUUGGCAUAGAGCCUUAUUAUCUUUCCUCCUUUCCCUAUUGUUAAUUUGUUAUCCUACCUUACCCAAGUUGAGCUUCUAAUUCUAGAGGCAAUUGUUACAGUUUGAAAACAUCUUUGGUUUUCCAAUGUAAUGUCUUGCUACCGAAUUUACCAGUUGAAAUUAUUAUAAUUACAAUAUACAAA